AUGGCAAAAUUUAUAGUGGGUUUAGAGUGCAAAAUGGAAAGAGGAGUUGGGGAAGAAAAGGGACGAGGUCAUGAGAAUAAGAGUAGUCGAGAGGAUCGUAUGAGCUAUCCUGGAGUACGCUCUGUUUUCAAUUCGUUACCAUUGGUUAAUCUAGGCACAUGUUUUAGUGCAAUCUAUAUUUGCUUUGAAUUCUAUUCAAUAAUUAUAAUGGAAAUUAUGAUGAAUCAUACUGCGGAGGAUAAUACUGGAAUCCCUGAUGAUUUACGUUGCAAGAGAUCAGAUGGUAAACAAUGGAGAUGCCAUGCCAUGUCCAUGCCAGACAAAACAGUAUGUGAAAAACACUACAUUCAAGCAAAGAAAAGAGCUGCAAAUUCUGCAAUGAGAGCCAGUCUCAAGAAAGCAAAGAGGAAAUCUGUAGGUGAGAGUGACAGUUAUUUAGAGAGUAAAAGUGAUGACAUGGAUUCACCACUCGUUGAAUACCAGUUUUUAGCCUCGGGUAAAAACAAGGAAAAAUUAUCAAAGAAGCUGAUCAGUUAUUCACCUGAAACACCUUCCUUCAAGAAUUCAUCUCUUCAUAUCUCUUCAAAAUCAAAUGAUGAUCCACAAAGAGAUAUGGCAGAGUCUGAAGAAACACCAAGGGCUUACAGGACACCAUCUUCUGUUGCUGAUUCAUCAAAGAGCAGAUCUGAGAAGAUGCAUACUAUGCCAGAAACUUCUGGUGGGAGUUCAGAAUCAUCUGAGGAUACAGGGGGGCAAAUUUGUCAUCAGUGCAGGCGUGAUGACACAGAGAGGAUUGUAUGGUGUCUUAAAUGUGAUAGAAGAGGAUACUGUGAUGAAUGUAUCACUGCAUGGUAUCCUGACAUUUCAGUUGAAGAAGUUCAUAGAAUUUGUCCUGCAUGUCGAGGUUGCUGUAACUGUAAAAUUUGUUUACGGGGUGAUAAUAUGAUAAAGGGAAAAAUACGGGAAAUACCUGCUCAAGAAAAGCUGGAACAUCUUUUUUGUCUUUUGUCUUCAGUGCUUCCUGUAAUUAAGCAGAUCCACUUUGAACAAUGCUCUGAAUUAGAAAUAGAAAGAAAGCUUCGAGGAAACAGAAUUGACCUUCCCAGGACAAAGUUAAAUGCAGAUGAGCAAAUGUGCUGUGACUUCUGCAGAAUACCAAUAAUCGAUUAUCAUCGCCACUGUGGUAAUUGCUCAUAUGAUAUAUGCCUCAGAUGCUGCCAAGAUGUCAGAAAAGCAUCAAAAGAUGCGAGUAGAAAUAUUCAAACGAAUGGAGGAAAUGAAGAUUCCGAUUCUACCCUUGAAAAGUUAUCAAAACAAAAGAUGAGAUUAUCCAAUAAGCUUUGUGAUUGGAAGGCCAACACUGAUGGGAGUGUUCCAUGUCCACCUAAAGAACAUGGUGGUUGUGGCAACUCACCCUUGAUGUUGAAACGUAUUUUUAAAAUGAAUUGGGUCGCAAAGCUUGUGAAAAAUGUUGAUGAAAUGGUUAGUGGGUGUAAAAUGUACGAAAAUACCCUCCCAAAGAUAGAUGGGUUCUGUCAAGAUAUAAACAGCCAAGGGAUUAGUGAGUUCAGAAGGAAUUGGGUCAAUGGUGAACCUGUUAUAAUCAAGGACAUUUGUGAUGAGUCAUCAAUGUUAGGGUGGGACCCUAUGGUGAUGUGGAAAGGAAUCCAAGAUACAAAUGAUGAAAAGAUGAAGGAUGAUAAUAGAACUGUGAAAGCUAUACAUUGUUUAGACCGAUCCGAGAUAGAUAUUGAGCUUGGAGAAUUUAUCAGAGGAUACUCGGAGGGGCGAAUAGGGAAAAAUGGUGAACAAGAAAUGUUAAUUUUGAAAAACUGGCCUUCGCCUAGUGCAUCUGAAGAGUUUUUAUUGUACCAGAGAUCCGAGUUUAUUUCCAAACUGCCAUUGCUGGAGUAUAUUCAUUCCAAGUGGGGCCUACUGAAUCUUGCUGCAAAAUUACCUCAUUACUCUUUGCAAAACGAUGUGGGGCCCAAAAUCUUGAUUUCUUAUGGAACGUAUGAUGAAAAAAGUCAAGGUGAAGGUGAUUCGGUCAACAUGCUUCGUUUUAAUAUGCGUGAUGUGGUGUACCUGUUGGUUCAUACAUGUGAAGUAAAUGUAAAUAGGAAAAAUAAUAAUGAGGACUUGAUUAUUGAUUCAAUUGAAGAUGAGAAAACUCUUAAAUGUGAAGAUCUGAAUGGAACUAGUGAAGACACGAGUCGUCCAGGGGCAAUUUGGGACAUUUACAGGCGUGAGGAUGUUCCGAAGCUCGUUGAGUAUAUGAGACUUCAUUGGAAUGAAUUCGGUGUCUCUGACCACAACAUCAUGGAUGAUGAUUCUGUACCACGACCUCUUCAUGAAGGAGUGAUAUAUCUAAAUAGUCAUCAUAAAAACAAAUUAAAAGAAGAAUUUGGUGUAGAGGCAUGGUCAUUUGAGCAGCAUUUAGGGGUUGCUGUAUUUAUCCCAGCUGGAUGUCCUUUUCAAGUGAGGAAUCUUCAGUCAACCGUUGAGUUAGGGCUUGAUUUCCUCUUCCCUGAAAGUCUAGCAGAAGCUGUAAGAUUAGGUGCAGAGAUUCGUGAACUUCCUAAUGACCAUGAUGCAAAGCUUCAAAUUUUAGAGGUUGGAAAGAUUUCCCUUUAUGCAGCAAGUUCAUCAAUUAAGGAAGUUCAAAAACUGGUGUUGGAUCCAAAACUUGGUGCUGAGCUGGCUUUUGAAGAUCCAAAUUUAACAGAAUUGGUUUCAAUGAAUCUUGAGAAGAUGACUAAACAACGACAGUUAAUAAAUGUGGUCGGGCGAUGGGUAUGA